AAUCGUCUCAUCUUCAGACGUGCAAAGACUAAAGAAAUACUAAGAGUCUUCUGUAGGUUAUCACACAUACCACUUAAAAUGGAGUUCUGCUUUGGAUUACUUCAGACCCGCAGAUCUAAGACCUCAUGGAUCAGCUUGACCUUUCUUUGCUCAAUGCUGUGCAUGUGGACUCGUGUAGAGUGCUGGUCCUACCACUACUCUAACACCACCAUGAAUUGGCUGGGAGCCCGAGCAUGGUGCCAGAAGCACCACACAGACAUGGUGGCCAUCCAGAACCAGGAGGAGAUCGUGCAUCUCAACAGCUGGCUGCCCAGGAAACCCACUUACUACUGGAUUGGAAUACGCAAGGUUAACAAUGUCUGGACCUGGGUAGGAACCAACAAGAGUCUGACAAAAGAAGCAACCAACUGGGCAAGGGGCGAACCAAACAAUGGCAAAAGUAAAGAGGCUAUGGGGAACACCGAGGAUUGUGUGGAGAUGUACAUUAAAAGGGAAUUGCAGACAGGCAAAUGGAAUGAUGAGAGGUGCGGAAAGUUGAAGACCGCUCUUUGCUACGCAGCUGCCUGUAAGAACAACUUGUGCCUCUAUGGAGAAUGUGUAGAAACCAUCAACAGCCAUAAGUGUGCUUGCUUUGAGGGUUUUUACGGAGAGAAGUGUGAGCAAGUUGUCCAGUGUAACAGAGAGGAGGUGAUCGUUCCAGAUAAAGCAAGUGUCAAUUGCGUUCAUAAGUAUGGAAACUUCUCUUACGACUCUGUGUGCCAGUAUUCAUGCGAGGAAGGAUACCAGCUGAGUAUGUCAAGACCCCUGAAGUGUAAUGCCUCGAAACAGUGGACCGAUCAGCCUCCUACAUGUGAAUUGGUCCAGUGUCAGGAGCUGUCAAGUCCAGCAAGAGGAUCCAUGAAGCGCUCCGAUCCUCUGGGCCCCUCCAGCUACCGGUCCACCCGUGUGUUUUCCUGUGACGAAGGCUACGUACUCGCUGGUUCCCCUUCAAACACCCUCCAAUGUGAAGCCUCAGGACUUUGGAAUGCUUCACAACCGCUUUGUAUCGCUGUCCAGUGCCCUUCUCUCCAGCAGCUGGACAACGGCGUUGUCAGCUGUGGGGACGAUGCAGAUGUGAUGUUCAGCUAUGGAAACACCUGCAGCUUCAGCUGUGACCACGGCUACCACCUGGUGGGACCAAGCGAGGUGACAUGCACAUCAGCAGCUGUGUGGAGUGAGAGGAAGCCUCACUGUGAAGCCAUCACUUGCCAGAAUCCAGAGGUAGAAGCUCACCUCAUCACCCAGUGCAGCCAACCUUUGACUGAACUGCGGCCAAACUCCACCUGCAGCUUCAGCUGUGAAGCAGGCUUUGAAAUGCAUGGAGCGCACAGCACUCAUUGUUCUGAGGACGGACAGUGGAGUAAUGCCAUACCUAUCUGCAAAGUGGUCCAGUGUCAGGAGCUGUCAAGUCCAGCAAGAGGAUCCAUGAAGCGCUCCGAUCCUCUGGGCCCCUCCAGCUACCGGUCCACCCGUGUGUUUUCCUGUGACGAAGGCUACGUACUCACUGGUUCCCCUUCAAACACCCUCCAAUGUGAAGCCUCAGGACUUUGGAAUGCUUCACAACCGCUUUGUAUCGCUGUCCAGUGCCCUUCUCUCCAGCAGCUGGACAACGGCGUUGUCAGCUGUGGGGACGAUGCAGAUGUGAUGUUCAGCUAUGGAAACACCUGCAGCUUCAGCUGUGACCACGGCUACCACCUGGUGGGACCAAGCGAGGUGACAUGCACAUCAGCAGCUGUGUGGAGUGAGAGGAAGCCUCACUGUGAAGCCAUCACUUGCCAGAAUCCAGAGGUAGAAGCUCACCUCAUCACCCAGUGCAGCCAACCUUUGACUGAACUGCGGCCAAACUCCACCUGCAGCUUCAGCUGUGAAGCAGGCUUUGAAAUGCAUGGAGCGCACAGCACUCAUUGUUCUGAGGACGGACAGUGGAGUAAUGCCAUACCUAUCUGCAAAGCAAUAGGAUGUCCUGCUCCUGAGAUCCCAACAAGUGUCCAGAUCAGUUGCAGCCCUUCUCCGUCUUCACCUGCUUCCACCGGGGCCCCUCAUCCACUUGGUAUGGUCUGCAUUUUCAGCUGUGAUGAAGGCCAUGAGCUGCAGGGUUCACUCAGCAUGGAGUGUGCAAAUCCAGGCCGGUGGACCUCCACACCACCAAACUGCACAGCAGUGAGAUGCCCGUUGCUCGAGGCUCCUGAAAAUGGUCAUAUCAACUGCUCAAACAGUGAGCCGGUGUUCACCUCGCAGUGUUCCUUCACAUGCAAUCAAGAUUACAUAUUAGAGGGACAUGAGCUGCUGACCUGUGAUCCUCAUGGCAAUUGGACUACUGGACAGAAACCCACCUGCCAAGCUCCCCCAUCUCCGGUCACUGCCAUUGCUUCUGGUGUGGCAACAGGGGGCGCUCUGUUGUCUGGUGCGUCUCUGGCUUUGUGGAUCCUGAAACGACUGAAACAGAGAGCAACCAAGUUUGAGCUUAACAGCAACUCUGACAUAGAGGCCCCUCCACAAGUCUACAAAAACAGCAUUGACAGCCUGAUAUAGAACACAGUCAUAUUCAUCAGAUACCUAAGUCCAACUGAAUUUAUCUCUAACAAUAACUGUAUGUGAAGUCGUAGUAAUGUGAACAAUAUGAAUACAUUAAAUUAAUAUUAAACUUUUAACAGGAAAACUCAAUAUGCGAGAGUUCCCUUAUGGUUCAAGGAGAGGGUUUUUCAGACCAUUGCAUAUGAUCGUUGCAUUAUGUUUUGUUGGAUUUUAUGAUUUGCUCUGUAAUGUUGUCCAGACAUGUAUUGCACUGUAUUUCCUCCCAAAGGGAGUUUUAUAAUGAACAUAUUGUUCUAUAGCUUUACGAGUAUGCUGGAAAGAUGGCUCUAUUCAUGUUAUCGUAAAUAUUACAUAACGCCACGAAUGCCAUUUUGUGCAGGACUGUGAAUCAUUUUAGUAUUUCAGUAUUUAUGUGCUAUUUAUUUAAUCGAUGGUUAUUGCAUUUGAAAUGCUCAUUCAUAUUUCUGUAUGCCUAAAGCAGUGCUGAUUUGUAUUCAUAAUAAAACUUGAAACUUUCA